CCCAUUCACCUGUCGUUACACACCAGUUAUUUCACUUACGCAACUUCUGCGCAGGUUCUACUCGGCUCUAACACUAUCACUCAUCCAUGAGGAACACCCCUCGUAGUCGAAUCAGUAUAGCGGGGAGCGCUUGACGCGAUGCUACUAUGCAGUAUAUUGCGUGGAGCGUUAUCCGCGUCAUUCGGCACCAUUGUGCAGAUUGCGAUCUUUUUACUGCAAAACGCCAAUAUCUCAAGAGUGCUCGCGUCCAUGCCACCAGGAGCCGAAGACGAGAUUAUCCUAAUCGAACAUCUGCCGGGACGGAGGGUGCAUCUUCAGGAUUUCUUUUGGACCGGCCUGGAAGACGCUCCACCGUGGAUGGAUCCCAAUCAGGGCUUAACAUUCUACGAGACGAAAACAGUCGUUCACACCGUCACAGUUCACACCCCGACCGAUGAGAAGAGUCCGUUAGACCCUAUAUCUCCUCAUCGCCCAGACACUUACAAUCCAGAAUGCGUUACGUGCAUAGAACCGACACCCAGGUUAGACGAUGAUGACGAUCAGAGCAUCGGAGUCCUUAUCGGAGAUGAUCCGGGCCCAAGGUACUGGCUGUUGACGGUUCUUCGACCAGGUGAAGCCGUACCACCCAAAGUCGAGCUUCGUUUAGCUCGUUUGUAUCGAGCUGCAUUUUCCAGACAGCAGCAACGGCAUCUUGGUCUACUGUCGACAGAUCCACGGUCCCGAAGAGAUGCCCUGUUACGUAGCUUAAUUAAUCGAAAGAAUAUACAAGAACAUCUUGGAACUUCGUCCCAAGUGAGAGCUCCGCUCCGGGAAGAGGUUUCUGCAAAUACAACCGAAGUUCAAUCACCCGAAUUAACGAUUGGCACCGCCGAGAGCCCAUCGACUCACGCAGGAACCGAAGCGAGCGUGUCAAAUGUAGUCGACGACAAAUACCCUUCGAACGUCUCGCACGUCCAGUCUAUGAGGAUGAUCGAAAUCCCCAGGCCGAAAAAGAUGCUGCUACCGAUGUUGGACGUCGACGCAGCAAACGACGAUUACGAAAAAUCUACGAAAGACGAUGUCGCUCUGAAGAAGAUAAAAACGCUCGCAAAAACGUUGAAAGGGGAAACGAAAUCCUUGUCUACACAGGACGAUGAAUCUGUAACCGCCGAUUCAGCGCAUCCUGAUCUCAAUGCACUUGACAAUUCCAGCAAGCAGUCCACGCCAGAGGUAACGCCGACUCCCACGUCUAACUCAAAACCGAAUGCUGACAGCAUCUCUAGAAAUCGAUCUAAUGAUAACGAAGUUGCGAGUGUACGCUCAAGAUUGCGUUUAGCGGACGGUUCGAUUCCGGGGGUCGUGAAGGUCAGAAUGCAGAACACGAGCGUUAUCGAGGGUGGCGCAACGAGAUUGAUUUAUUCUGUUCAUCUCGACGAUAAGCCCGUUCCAGCUGAAACGGCCGCGAGAGACAUGGCGCUCAUCUCGCCCCAGGAAGUCGCUCUGGAGCUCGGUGCACCGGUAAUUAUUCAAAGCGAACCUUAUCUGAAAGAGAGCAGACCUCUGGCCCUGUCGAGGAGGAGAGACGCGUGGCUGCUGAUUGGUGCUGCCAGCGCGGGCGUCGUUAUGUUAAUCUUCGUUCUCGCCGGCUUAAUCUUGGCUGCCAAAAGGAAAAGGGCACACAGCGCUGCCGUCGCACCGCCUAACAAAAGUAUUCUUAAAAAGGAACGUGAACAUGCAAGCGCGAUGUCCGGUCUCGAUAAUGCUGCAUUCUCAACGUCGGAAACGGAAAUUAAAACCGAUGGUACCAGUCAGCGGCAGACUCCGCAUACUUUAUCCCGUACUCCGAUCACGCCCGACACGCCCGACAGUAUGGAAUUAGGUAUUCACGAGAUCUCCAGCGACGACGACGAAGAACCAAAGAGAACCCGCGAGUCGAUCCCUUGGGACACUGAACACGCAGCUAAAAAAGCAAGAGUAUCUCGUGGAAGAAUGACGAGAAGGAACGCGAUGGAUCGGACCGGGUCACCGGACUCGUUAACCGAUCAUAUAGAGACACUGGAGUCGUUGGAGAAUGGUUAUGUAAAACACAAGGAAGAGUCUACCGCUUCACCGCGAUCUUAUUUAUCAAUGCCCUCGUGCAAGCAGUUUCCUAGUAUGCGUAGCGUAGAACCACUGUCAAGAGUGUUGGAACCCGUCACGGUCAGGCACUUAGACAUCGAUUCUCCCGAGUUAGUGCGUCACGAUAGAGACGACAAUGCCGACGACACGUUCCUCGCAAGAACGUCGAGUGCUUCAAAGGAUCCCGGAGCUGUAGGGCCGAUUGUUUGGAGUCUCAGGAAGCAAAUAUUUUCGACAGAAGAUUCCACUUGUCUAAAGGUAAUGGUACAUCCGAAGCAGAUGUCGAUGGAGUGUACCAUCUACCAUCCGGACCCGUGGGCCGCGCCAGGAGGCGACUCCACGAGUUGCUCGAGGACUCCUUCAGCCUCUUCGGAAGUAGAGACGUCAAAAUCAGAGAGCCGCAACGAUCGCCGCACCGAUCGCCGCAGCCGCCGAUCCCCGUUCCACGUACAGCGGACACACUCGCGAUACUUUCGGAAACCAGAGGCAAAUCCGCCCACGUCAGGUACAUAUCCUUCUUCUUCUUCCUCCUCUUCUAACAGCCCAGUAGCAACGCCAACGAUGGAAAUGAAAACGCGACCCCGUACAUCAGUACGACGUAAAGGUCUGGACGAGGAUAUCCCGGAAACCGGCCAAACUGAAUCACUUCAGCCUCGCGGUGCAUGGGGAUCAAGGCCACUCAGCGCGGGUCCAUUUCAUAGACCGAAUUUACCGGAAGUGGACACCAGGCGUAUAUUAGCGGACAGCAGGCUUCCACCGGAAGAUCCCGCGGUACCAUUAAUCGCGUCAAUCAAAAAAGAACUUGAAAAAUUUUCACCCCAGUAGAGCCUAGCAGCAAGUGCAAUAGAAUUAAUAAUUUAAAUCCUCGCUAAGUGAUAUACUAAUCUUAAGUUGAAAAACAGUGUAAAUAUUCAAUCAAUCUUUUCCACAAAAUUUUAUAACUCAAUAUCAACGUUUUCCAUUAUACAUGGACUAUAAUAUAACGAAGCAAAACAUUUUACACAUAUCUCUUCAAGAAAGAGUGAAAAGCCACUUCUUGGGCUCUAACACCCUUUCAUUUUCGCUCCCAUGAUUUACGGGUAAGAAUACUACGACUUUUAUGUAUGUGUACUAGUAUAUUACUUGUACACAUUUUACACAUAUCAUAUUUACACGAAAAUAGAAGCAUUACAGUAAAAAAACGAAAAAUAAGCCGUAGUUUUCAUAUCGUACUUUUUCUUGUUACAAAUCAAAAUUGUGCCAGCAAGUUUAACUUAUUAAUCACUGUAUAUAUAUCAUUACUUUAAACAUAGAAUGCAUUUACAAACUUAAUACAAUAAAAUCAUGCAUAGAAGGUUUGACUGAUUAAACUAUAAAAAUAUUAAGAGAAAAACUUCUAUAACUGAUUAGUUCAACAUAUGAAUAUCUCUGUAACUCAUUAUCAGAUAAAAUGCAAUAAACUCGUAUAAUAUGUGUAAUCUAA